AUGAUCCAGAAUGGCGACCGGACCAAGUUCGACGUUGAGGUUCUGAAGCAGUUGCUGAAGCUGCUGCCUGAAAARCAUGAGAUAGAAAACCUGAAGGCCUUCAAAGAAGAGAAAUCAAAGCUAGCAAAUGCAGAUCAGUUUUAUCUUCUCCUCCUUCAGAUUCCCAGCUAUCAGCUGCGCAUCGAGUGCAUGCUCAUCUGUGAGGAGACCACCGUCGUGCUGGACAUGAUUCAGCCCAAAGCUGACGCCAUCCGGAGAGCCUGCGAAGAUCUUUUGACCAGUCAUCGCCUGCCAGUCUUUUGUCAAUUGAUUCUCAAAGUUGGAAACUUCCUGAACUACGGGAGUCACACAGGCGAUGCCGAUGGCUUUAAAAUCAGCACGUUACUCAAACUAACAGAAACCAAAGCAAACCAAACCCGCAUCACGCUGCUCCACCACAUUCUAGAGGAAGUAGAAAACAGCCACAAGGACCUACUGGAACUGCCAAAGGAUCUUGAAUAUGUUUCAAAAGCAGCAGGAAUUAAUCUUGAUAUUAUACGCACCGAGUCCAGUACCAAUUUAAAGAAGUUGCUGGAGCUUCAGCGGAAAGUCUUAUCAUCAAAUGAGGAUGUGAAACAACAGUAUGAGAAACCCAUCCAGGAUUGCAUCGAUGCCUCCAGAAAGCUGGAAGAAGAAUUUGAAACCAUUGAAAAGAAGAGAGAAGAACUUGCAAAUUAUCUCUGUGAAGAYCCAAGCAAGUUGUCCCUAGAGGACAUAUUCAGCGUCAUGAAGACCUUCAGAGAUCUGUUCAUCCGAGCCCUGAAGGAAAACAAGGACAGAAAGGAGCAAGCUGCCAAAGCAGAGAAGAGRAAAAAACAGCUCGAAGAGGAAGAAGGCAAGAGACAGAAGGGAGAAAAUGGAAAAGUCAUUAAGAAGGGGCUGAUGAAGCAGGAGGAGGUGUGUGUCAUCGAUGCCCUGCUUGCCGACAUAAGGAAAGGGUUCACUCUCAGAAAAACAAAGAACAGGCACGAGACGGAUGCAGCUCCUAAAUCCUCGUCUGCAGAGAGCCCAGAGGAAAGCCAGUCUGGAAAGAGUAUUAAGGAUCCACAAGCAGCAGGGAAACAGACUGAUGACAAGACCAAGCAAAACAAGGAUGGUCAUCCCUCAGAAAGCACUCCCCCCUCAACCACKGCCCCAAUGGAGACUGGUGGAGAUGUUACAAAUGCUUCAGCUUCAAGYCAGGUAUUAUCUAAAAACAAUGCUGGAGGAAGUUUACCUCUGGAGUUCCAGACCAAAAGCCCCUCAGUGAGCAUAGUGGAAGCUGAUGGAACCAGUCAGCCCAUGCCAGGCACCAGGAUGGAGCCGGCAGACAGCGUGGAAAGCCUCCAGCCCAGCACAAAGAGYGGCUCCGUUGCCUUCUCUGUGGCUGACAUAAGCACGAGGAUCAGUUUUGGGAGCAGCAGUUCAGCCUCUGCUCUGAGGGACCAGCUCAGCUGGACUAACGGGUCCAUGGCAGAAGGCCAGGGCAAGGAAUGCCCAGCUGAUGGCUCAGAGAGUGCUCAGCCUGCUCCCUGCAAUGAGGCUCAGCAGGCAGAGUCAAAGGAGAUGGCGAAGGAAAAUGAAGACCCCGGCACAGACUCGCUGUUGGACACCUCUCAAGACAAGUCCUUCUCAGAGGAGCCAGCCACUGACUCCUCRUGUUCAGCAACACUUCCCCCAGAGCAAACUCACAGCGACAGGGAAAAGCAGAGGCCCUCUGGGAAACGGAAGAAGAAGAAGAGGCACAGCAAAGGUUACUCAGCAGAGGUUGAGACUGAUACUGGAGAUAAUAAAACAAAAAAAGAUUGUGUGGCACAAUGAGGUGUCACGGCGAGGCAGAAGGUGUAAGAGAACCUCUCGUGUGUCACUGGAGUGCUGCCAGCUUCUGAGACUCCAGGGUYUGCAUCAAAGAAACGCCAUCAUAGACACUUUCUGCCCCACCAAGACCCACUGCUUCUCCUCGUGCAGCCUUUCACUCCCCUCCCCAGGACCUAAAGAGCCUCCCCAGAGACUUUGGACCCCUCAGCCUGUGCCUUGCACUGGGCACCUGUGGGGACAGGGGACGGUUCUGUGCACAGCAGCAGUGAAAGGGUCAGACYUGCCAUCUGCUCUCCUGGAAGCCGAAUCUUUGAACCUGCUCUUGGGCCAAACUCCUCUUGAAAUGACAGCUGAGUGUGGCCCAAGAACAGACUGCAGUGCUUAGCCCUUGGAGAAGUGUUAAAAACAGCAGUGCCUCAACUAAAUCAAGGGUAUAAAUUAAGCAGUGGCUGUACCAUCACGGGUGGAAGCGUGUUAACUCCCUCUUCUCAUCACCCACUGACACUUUCUAUUGGACCAAGUCCAAGACCCAGAUUAGACAAAUGUAUUUUUACUCCCAAUCACUUUAAGCAAGGGAAAUCGGUUACAGGGRAAAAGCAGAAGAAAAAGGAUGUAUUUUACUAAGCAUAUGGCCAUAUAAACAGUGUCUGGUUCCUACAUGAUGCUUAUGUGCAAUUAAGUUGAAGUGCAUCAGUUGUCUUAAUAAGUCUUGUCACACACCCUGAUGCAUCCAUCAACUUUUGGAGAACCAGGGCCCUGGUUUCCUUUACUAAAGCAGAAGGAAGAGGCUUUCCAGAGUGCUCUAUUGGACAGAUUUUCAGCUUACCCUUUAGUAAAUCUCUGGGUUUGACUUCCAUUGUCAGCUGCUUGUACUCAAGAGUCUAUGUCCAAGCUGCAGAACGUGUUGAAUCAUGUUACUUUKGCUUUAAAACUGGGACUGUGCAGUAUUGUGUUUUCAAAAUUCAGAGCUUUAUUUCUCAAGUUUUGUAAUAACACUGUAUAAUAAUUUUGUACAUAGCUGUCCAUUUAAAAUGAUCUAUGUUUGUUGAAUCUAUGGUGUGGUAUGUGCUGAAACAUAAAUCCAGUGGAAGAGCUGAUACAUUUCAGAACUGUUCAUUUAUAUGGUAACUCACUGUGGCUAGACUAAUGUGCAGGCUACAGCUUAUUUUGCUUUGCUUAAUAGGACUUGUAAUGUCCUUGUAAUACUGAAAACUUAGAAGUGAAACCAAGAAUUAAAUCACUGGUUUGCUUUAACCAAGGCAUCACUAUGAGCAUAUUGAGAAUUGGUCAAGAAAAGCAGAGAUGAGUUKAAAAAGACACCUGGGCAGUGCAGGAGACUCUGCAGAGCACAGCCCCAUUGCAACUCARAACCCAUUCCUGCUGGCAGAAGCAGCCAUACCCCCAGCAUUCCCCAAAAUCCAUGCCACCAGCCCAGGUUUGAUUUGCAGGACUGUCUCCAGCACAUUGCCAGGCCUCCCCUUUUCUCCCUUUUUCCAGUCUCAGAGCACAUCACCCAAGCACCAUCCUCUUGCUCUUCUCUGCUCUCAAAUUAGACUYCCAGCUAAAAACUGGAGUAUCAAACACAUUCCCCCAGCAGCUUUACAACCCCCAUGUUUCCAGCAAGAGCCUGCAGCCCAGGCUAGCAGUGCACAGCCAGCCUCCUCCUCACCACCCCACUCUUUUAUCAACAGGAACAACAUCAUCUGGAGAUGCAGGACUGGGAASUAAAUGGCUUUUCUAGGUGUUACCUUGGGAGCCUUGCCUGCUGAUGCCCCACAGGCUGCUCACUUCAGAUGCUAUGGCAUGUGUCCAUUUCUCCAUCUGGAUCUUUCAGGUUCCCUCAUUUCCACCCAGAGAGAGCAGYUCAUUUCCACAGCCAGAGUUUUUAUUACUCUGUGUUCUUACUUUGGCCUUCAAAGAGAGGGUGUUUGGCAUUAUCUUUCCACUGCUUUCCARAGUUUACAAAGAAAUGGGUUAUUUUGAGCCACUGAAGGCUCUUUGUUUARUAGUCAUCUGUAAAUUAUCUAUUCAAUCACAUCCCAAUCAGCAGACUCAAGCACAACAUUUUUAAUUCAUUGCUCCAGAGCAUCUCUGCUUCCAUUACAGUGAUGAUUUAAGAAGAACAGAGGAAGAAUCAGAGGAGGUCAAAGACUGAUACUCAGCUGGAAUGUGCAGUUUUGCUCCAUUUGUGAGCUUGAAAUAAAGCUCAUGAUCCUGAAGAUUUUUCAGUGGUUGCAAGGCCAAAUUAGUUGCUGGUAAAAGGAGUGUCACUUGUGGCCAAUUCAACAGAGCUGUGGUUAUUUAAGUCACAGUGAGUUUAGCCCUCAAAAUAGRAUUCUUGUGGUGUAUUACAGCAAUUGCACAUGGAGUCUGGUGUAUAAACCAGGCUCUGACCACCACAAGCUUCUUGCUGCCAAAUAAAUGCAUAUUCUGUAAUUGAGCAUUGACUAUAUGAUAAAAUGAAAUUAUGGGAGAAAUCAGCAGAAGUGUUUUCCAAAUAUUUCACAUCAAAAAUCAGAUACGUUUAUUGAGAUGGAUUUUCAGAGUUAGUUUUUGGGGAGUUU